AUGGCGCUCCGAAGUGUUCCGGCGCCCAGGGACAGAAGCGACGACAGCCUCCAAAGAUUGCAGCGAAAAGGCUUUGGCCACAGUGACGCGAGCCUGACUCUGUUGGCAAGAUCGGAGGCGCUCAGCGGCCGUCCGGGGCUCUUUUCCGAGAACGAAGGCAGGGAAAGUCCCGAGCCGAACAAAAGAAGUGAAAAGAAUGGAACUGGAAGCGAUCCAAGAAACGGAAAGACUGAAUCCAACAACAGCACCAACAACAACACCAACAAGUACAACUACAACCACAACAACACCAACACCAACAAGUACAACUACAACCACAACUACACCAACUACAACUACAGCAACAGCCACAUCAGCAACUCCAGCGCCGGCAGCGAAAGCAUCUACGUGUCUGCAAAGUCGGCCCCCGACAGAGCCUCGCAUGUUCCGCGGUCAGACGCCUCGGACCUCUCGGAGUCGGAGCCCAGCCUCUCGGGCAGAGAAAACCUCUCGCCCGAAGCGCCGUCCCGCCGCCAGCGCCUAUGGGGCAUGGCUCGUGCCGCCCGUGACACCUACAUCCCCCGCUUGGCGCUGUCUGUGUCUGCCCUAGCGUCCGGUCGCUCCGACGAUCUUAUUCCACGCGGAUCCACCAUCACUUUGUUCCCCACGUACCUGCGGCGCACCCCUGGCGGCUACGUCGUCUCUGUGCGUGGCUGGGUGUGGUGUCCUGGCGUGAUGAGCCGCAAAAACAGGCUCAUUUUGUCCUUGGCCCGCCAGAUUGUGCGCUCACAAGGCGCCGCCGCAGCCCAGGCCGUGCUGCAAUUGGAAAACCCGGCGCUUCGCCAGGACCUGGUCUCCGAGACGCCCGACACGGAGCUGAUUUCGUCGGUGCCGCCUGUUCCCCCACUGCGGGGCGAGUCCGACGUUCUUGUGCGUGACCGGCUUGCGCCGUUCCUUGCCCGGUCUGUGCUGGCGGCAGGCGUGUCUGUGUUGGUGGGCGCCGCCAGCCCUACUGAAGGCCGUUUGGUGGAGGUUUCGACCGUUACAGACGCAAACGGCCACUUCGAGGCCGAUGUCGAAGUGCUGUACGAGCCGUCCGUGGUUCGUGUCGCAGCACAGGAAGACGAGGAAGUCACAGCGUUCCAGGAGGUUUGUGUACUCGAAGACAGGGGCCUCGGCAUCAUUUCGGACAUUGACGACACCGUUAAAGUGACCGGGGUGGUGGGGGACAAGCGAGAGCUCAUGCUGCGGCUUCUUGCCGGAGACAUUGGCUCGUGGAAUAUCCCGCGCGUGGUGGAAUGGUACAAGGCAUGGGCUAGACACGCUGACGUUUCCUUCCACUACGUGUCGAACUCUCCGUGGCAAUUGUUUGCAUUGAUCCAACAGUACUUUGAUACGGUGGGCCUACCGCCCGGAUCCAUCCACUUGAAACAGUACACGGGCAACAUCAUUCUGUCGUUGAUGGAACCUCUGUCGUCGCGCAAGCGGAAAUCGCUCUUCCAAGUGGUGGCCCACUUCCCACAUAAGACAUUUGUGUGUGUGGGCGAUUCCGGUGAGCAGGACCUCGAGGCGUAUGCGGAUUUGGCUGCGCUGUACCCGGGCCGCAUCAGCGCCAUCUACAUCCGCAUGGUUCCCGGCCUGGUGUCCGAUGUUGACGAUGCGCUCGUUUUGGCCGAGCUUCGUCGCAUGAUACGCACAGCAGACAUGCUGGACUCGCUGAAAACAGAAAGCACAGACACCCAGGCAACGCAGUUACAGCCAGCACGCAGCUCCAGCACUUCUACAGCACCAAAACGUCUUUCGCCAGACUCUAGUUCCAGCAAGCCCAAACCACCCAUGGUUCCACGGAAACCACAGGCUCUCCGUGCGGAGAAAAUCCCGCCCCUCCCCGAACGGAAGUAUCUCGGCCAUGCUGCCACGGACUCGGCCCUCGAACUUCGUGCCACGCCGCCGCCUCCUCCCCCACCCCGCAGAAGGACAACCAUGCCGCAAUCGCCUGACAUUAGAACAGGCGAGUACAGAAAUUCCUACGACACGUUGCAGCAACUCUACGGGCUUGAUGAGUUCAAUGAACUUGAGGAUUUCGACAAGCGAGGCGCCUUGUGGCUCCAGCGCAUUGCUGAUGUGUUGGAAGAGUUGAAGGGUACAGGUACCCGGUUGUUCUUGUUUGAGGACGACGAUGAAGAAUGUUUCGAGCAAGCCGUAAAGCUUGUGAGCCGUCUCUCGGAAAAGUGCAACUAA